GUCGUGCGCUCAGGUCGGUCCGGUCUCCAGCAGCAGCCUCUCGCUUCAGUCUCAGUCUCUCUGAGAACCGGUGGAUCGCUCUGAUUGGCUGCGGAGGGAGCGACCGCGCCGCGCUCAGCCCACCCACCGCAGCCGAGGAGUAAUAGCGACUCUCGCCGCCUCGACUUUCCUUCCUCGCAUUUGAGUCUGGGACCUGGCCCCGGGGCUGCACGGCGCACACACACACACACACACACAGAGACGCGCGCGCACCAUGGCAGCUACCCACAGCGAGUACCGAGGCUACCUGCGGAACACCGUCGACAUCGAGGCCGGGCACGGGCAGCAGCAGCAGCAGCAGCACCGCUUCCACCCGGUGCAGAGCUCGGAGCCCACGUACCGGCCGCUCCUGUUCGGGACCCUCGCCGUUAUGGGAUUGCUCCAGGUGGCCUCCAGCGUGGCGAUCCUACUACACCUGACGGGAUAUCUACAAGAGGUAGAUCUGUCCUCGGCACCACAUCGGCCAAUUGAGGAGGUCCAGACGGAGCCGGUGCUCAACGCUCUGAGGGACACGGGGAAAAAGGGACGCUGCAAAAAUCCAAAGGAGAGUCUGCCGUCGGCUCACCUGCCCGUCAGGACGUACCAGGAGUACUCCAAGAAGGGCGAGCAGGCCAUCACCAUCGACUGGGACGAGGAGCACGGAUACUGCCACAGGAUGCGCUACCAGAAGGGCAAGCUGCUGGUGACGGAGUUGGGCUUCUACUACGUCUACGCCAAGACCUGCUUCCGCUACUACAAGUACGAGCCGGAGGACAGCAGCCAGCCGGCGGACCCGGCGGUGGACGUCCGGAACACGCAGCUCAUCCAGUACGUGUUCCGCGAGAGCAUCAAGCAGAACGGCAAGGCCGUCAAGCUGAUGAAGACGGGCAGCACCGUGCGCCUGAACAGCACCAGCUACAACAUGUACUGCGCGCAGCAGGGCCGCGGCGUGCGGCUGGAGAAGGGCGACACCUUGUUCGUCAACGUGUCCAACGCCUGGAUGCUGGACCUGGACGGGGAAGGGACGUAUUUCGGGGCCAUAAAGUUGGGUAACUGAAAUUUAGAGGGGGGGGGGGGGGGGGGGG